AUGGUAGACCUGAUGGCCGCUAACAUGGCUGAGAUGAUGGCCUUGCUCAGGGGGCCAAAUCGCGCGUCUUCAAGCUCUACCCUGCCUCUCGCACGCGGGUCAACCAUCGACCUCGCUCCUUGGGUCCCGUCGACCCAUGCAUCAAAGGGCGACAUAGCGGCCACCCCCGCACUGACAAUUAUCCCAGUGCCUGCUCCUCAUCCGACGCAUGUAUCGACAACUCACCCGGUCAAUUUCUCCCAACCUCAAUCCACCAUUCCAGCAACUGUCUCACUUUCGCCCAUGAUGAUUCCCCUUAUGGACCCGGUUAUGUUUGCACCACCUCCCGCGUCCAUACCGGCUCCGACUACGGUCUACACUGUUCUUCCGCCGACGAGCUUCCCAGUAUCAAUCGCCCCUGCUUCUGCUCACACAACUGAGCCUUUCCCUUACCAAGCUCCACAACCCACAUCGGCCUCUCCUACCAAGCUCGACCUCUCAUAA